AUGGCCUCCUCCUCAAUGCUUCAGAGCCAAGACGACCCUUCAGAACCUACUAGAGCCUACACCUACAGCAGCCGUCCCCGAGCUGUUCCCAUCAGAAAGCAAUAUCGAGGUUCCCAAGAGGCCAAUGAUCAAGAUGAUGGCCCAACUCGCUAUGGGAACCUUAUGUAUGACAGGAGAGUGGUCCGGGGCAACACGUAUGCUCUUCAUGUGUUACCUUGGGGUACUGAAGCUGAUCCUGUUGAGAUCCAGAAGCAAAGAGAAGCCCACAGGAAAAUGCUUGCAAGAAAGCGAGCAAAGGAAGAGCUUGAGGCGAAGGCCCCUGAGAUAACAGACCCUGGAAGCCGUGUCAACGUACAGACAGAAUUGUACCUGGAAGAGAUUGCAGACCGCAUUAUUGAAGUUGAUAUGGAGUGUCAAACAGAUGACUUUAUGGACAGAACAGAGACUCCACUCUACAUUCCAUCCAAGACUGGGUGUGAUGCAUCCACACAAAUAGAAGAAGGAGAGCUCUUUGACUUUAACCUUGAAGUCAAACCAAUGCUUGAAGUUUUGGUUGGUAAAACCAUGGAGCAAGCUUUGCUAGAAGUCAUGGAAGAAGAGGAACUAGCCAAUCUGCGGGCACAUCAGUUAGCAUAUCAGGAAUUGCGCAAUACAGAAAAAGCUGAAGUGCAACGCCUUGAAGAACAAGAGAAACGACACAGAGAGGAAAAGAUACGUCGGCUAAACCGGCAGGCAGAAGUGCAGCUACAACAAAAUAGAGUCAAGGAGAAAGUUGCAGCACGGGCAUUUGCUCUGCACUACCUGACAGAUCUCAUUCCUUCCGUCUUCAGUAAACUUUGGGAUCAUGGAUACUUCUAUGAUACAGUAGAAAGAGAUAUUGAGACAGGAUUCCUUCCAUAUUUGUUGAAAAGCAUAGAAAGAACCAUGAAGAAAAGAAUGCUAGGAAGAAUAAUGACUGACAGUUUAAUUAGCGAUGUGGUUGGAAAGCGACUGGAUAGCGAAAAUCAAAGUCCUGGUUGGGAAAAAGGGCAACAAAUAGAAGGAAAAAGCCCCCUGGAUGCAUGUCAAAAUCUCAUAUGA